UUACCAGCUUAGCAACCCGACGAUUCCAGACCUUCCAAGCUCAAUAUCACGUGCACCAAUGGUAAUCAGUAGAUCAUCGCUUGAUUGAGCCAUCGUGAACCCCGCAUGCGUAAUGCGGGGUCAACCCUAGUCGCUGAGCUCAUUCUCACCUGUUCGUCCCUUUCCAUGGUGACGGUAUGUCCGGGGAGGAGAGAUUGGGGAGCUUCAGUUCCCCUCUAUAGUUUACUCUUUACUUUUAUUCCUCCUAAAUCAUUCUUUCGGACGUAAACAAAUCUAAGAAAAUAAGUUAGCUGUUGUUGGCAAGAUGUUACAAACUCAAACUAUGAAAGCAGUGGUUUACCAAGAACCCUUCAAGGUCACCGUGGAAGAGAGACCACUUCCAAAGCUCGAACACCCUGACGACUGCUUGGUUGAAGUCACUACAGCCGCUGUGUGCGGCUCGGAUCUUCACAUGUACCAGGGACGCACAGCAGCUCAGGGCGGGUUGUGCUUUGGACAUGAGAACAUGGGUGUAAUUAUCGAGACGGGAAGCGGUGUCUCGCUAUUGAAGAAGGGAGAUAGGGUUGUGAUGCCGUUCAAUGUUGCGGAUGGGAGGUGCAGGAAUUGUGAAGAGGGACGUACAGCUUUCUGUACUGGAGUCAAUCCAGGAUUCGCUGGAGGCGCUUAUGGCUACGUUGCCAUGGGCCCCUACCAGGGAGGCCAAGCCCAAUACCUACGCGUCCCAUACGCCGACUUCAACUGUCUUCCCCUCCCUGCUGGCAAAGAACAUGAAUCCGACUUCAUCCUCCUGGCCGACAUCUUCCCCACCGGCUGGCACGGCGUCGUCCUCUCGGGCUUCAAGCCCGGCGAAUCCAUCGCCGUCUUCGGCGCUGGACCCGUGGGUCUCAUGGCCGCGUACUCCGCCGUCCUCCGCGGCGCCUCCAAAGUCUUCGUCGUAGACGCCGUCCCCGAACGUCUCGCAGCCGCCAAGAAAAUCGGCUGUGAGCCGGUCGAUUUCAGUAAGGUUGAUGCAGUGGAGGAGAUCAUCAAGUUGAAUGGUGGAAUGGUGGAUCGGAGCGUCGAUGCGGUGGGGUAUCAGGCUAGUGCGCAGGACGGGAAGAAGGAGGCUCCUAGUAUUGUGUUGGAGAACUGUAUCAAAGUAACCCGCCCAACAGGCGGGAUCGGGGUUCCAGGCCUCUACGUCCCCUCCGACCCAGGAGCGCCAGACUCUAAUUCCUCACAAGGCAUGCUGCUCAUUUCCUUCGGCAAGCUGUUCGAGAAAGGCCUUACGAUAGGAACGGGCCAGUGUAAUGUGAAAUCCUAUAAUCGCUACUUGCGCGAUAUGAUUAUCUCGGGCCGUGCGAAGCCCAGUUUUGUGGUUAGUCAUGAGAUUGGGAUUGAUGAGGCGCCGGGGGCGUAUACGAAGUUUGAUCGUAGGGAGGAUGGGUAUACGAAGGUGCUUAUUCAUCCCAAUGGUGGGUUUUAGUCGGG